GGUAUCACACGCAGCCACGAAGAAUCCAAAGCGUUCUUGUCUUGAAGAAACUCCCGGGCAAUCGGAGACGUUAUCGGAUCCGGAUCCUCCGCCCGCCGACGAAUGGAUCCGCAACCCGCAUCGACCGUUCAUAUGAAAUCCAACGAUGAUCAUCCCUCCGACUACGCCCCAUACCCUAAGCUCCAGCCUGAAGACCUCGCUCCACCGCCGUCGGCACCGGCGCCGCCGCCUGCGAUGCCGGCAGGAUCCAAUCCCUACGUCUCGACCUCCCCCGCUGGCGCUGGAUCUUCAAAGAGUACGAUGGAGUCGGUGAAGAACGUCUUGGGGAGGUGGGGGAAGAAGGUUGGAGAGGCGUCCAAGAAAGGGCAGGAUCUUGCUGGGAAUAUGUGGCAGCAUUUGAAAACAGGACCAAGUAUUGCUGAUGCUGCGAUGGGAAGAAUUGCUCAGGGAACCAAAGUUUUAGCAGAAGGUGGUUAUGAAAAGAUAUUCCAGCAGACUUUUGACACACUACCAGAAGAGAAACUUAAGAAGUCAUAUGUGUGCUAUCUAUCUACAUCUGCUGGCCCUGUCAUGGGAAUUUUAUAUGUCUCUACCUCUAAACUUGCAUUUUGUAGUGAUAAUCCUUUGUCAUACAAUGUUGGAGAGAAGACUGAAUGGAGCUAUUAUAAGGUUGUGAUUCCCUUGCAUCAGCUCCGUGCAAUCAAACCUUCGCUGAACCAAGCAAACCUUUCAGAAAAGUAUAUCCAGAUCGUCUCGGUUGACAACCAUGAAUUUUGGUUUAUGGGCUUUGUAAACUACGACAAUGCCAUAAAACAUCUGCAGGAAACAGUACCCCAUUGCACAUGAUCUCAGACUUUCGGUGACGCUUCGGGCGGUUUUUAAAAUUUGUGCAAUUUUUUGAGAGACUGGCAUAUCAACAUGAGAGCUAUGUGCAGCAGAAACUGAAUGAAACAACAAUUUGUAUCAUUUCCUUGAGCAAAAUACAAUCAGAAACAAUUGUUUUGCUUGGGUUAUGUUUUUUUCUGUCUGGUUACAGUCUUGUAAGCAUCCAAUUUUCCUUUUGUAUUAGCUAAAUGUGGGUGUUGGAUUUUUAAGAUUUACUGCUUCAUUGUGUAAGAAUCCAUUCUUGGCUAGUUGCAGAA